UAUUUUAUCAACUUAAAUUGAGGGAUGGUUAGAUUUACUCUAAAUAUUUAAGUUAAUAUUCAGUCAUUCAACCUGGUCAAUCAGAGGGAGUACAUUUUGAUUUUCUAGCUAACGUUAGCUACACAGUUAACGUUAAAUGCCUUCAUGAUGAGACAACCGCCUUUCCAUGUCAUUUGAAUGUAGCUAGUGCUGGUGGUAACGUUAUAACAUCAUUAUUUGUCCGUUGUUUCUAAAUGCUUAAAAAGGUAGCUAGUGACCAAAUAUACUAGCUAAGUGUGUGAAAGAAUAGCUAGACAGUAGCUUCUAGUCGUCUAGCCAAAGCAAAUUUGCAGACUUCUUGGGAUUUCCCUUUGCUGUGGUUAGUCACCUUGACGCUUUACUUUAGCUAGCUAGCUAACAUUAGCUAUUACAUUUGCUCACAUUUAACGCUGCUGCAGUCAGAGAAACAUCAUGAUUCCUGUUGGAAAGUUCCACAAAUUAAACACACCCCCUAUCCUAUGUGUUCCUAAUCGAUACAGGCUAAACAGAAGAAAGGACAGAAGAGUUCAAUUGAUGAUAUGUUAGGAGACCUGUUGGGAGAUGAUGAUUUCCCAGUGAAGGCCAAAGCUCUGGCCCGUGAAGCAGGCAGACUAGGACCUCCUCUACCAUCACACAGUGGAAAACGCUCACUAUUGGGCGACGACGACUUCUUCAGCAAACUGGCUGAGGAAGCUGAAAAUGAUGAGGGCUCUGAUGUUUCUGAGGCUGAUCCCACAGCCUUACUGGAGAGCAUGAAGGACAUAGAUGAUAUGGACGCUGAUCUCUUUGGAUCAAAGAAAAAGCCCAGUUCAGCCCCAGCUCAGAGUAAAGGCUCCGGCAUUGGAGGACCUACGAAAAAUCCUCCUAAAUCAGGAAACAAGUUAAAAGGAGGAAUCUCAGAUGAACCAGACAUUGAGGAGAAGAAGCCAAGUUCUGCUCCUGCAUCGACAGCACGUGGCUACAAGAGGUUCAGCUUCACUAAUGAUGAUGAUGUUCUUGCCCCAACAACUGACACAAAAGACUAUGAUGACCCUUUGGCUGACCUGUUAGAUGAUCUACCCAUAGAAGACAAAAAUGAGCCAAAAAUCACCAAAAAAGCUCCUCCAGAGAAAUCAGUGCUGCCCCCAGACUCCCCUAUCAUAAAGAAAAAAGAAACAGCCUCACCAGCUCCAGUUCCAAAAAAGCGGGACGAGCUUACGUUUGAUGAUGACGAGGAUGACCUAAUGGAUGCAUUGGGGUUUGGGGAGAGUCCCAAAGAGAGCCCUAAGAAGAAUGAGACCGUGCUCAUACCAAAGAAUGAGAGCAGCAGUGAGCUCCCUCAAAGAGCACGCACCAGGCUAGAUGAGAUUCUGGGGCGUGGGACUUCCCCUCGCCUUCUGGAGCACCCUCCAACAGGGGAGAGGAAGGACCCUCCGCAGCAGCAGCAGGAAAAGCAGAAGCAUCAUCAGGAGACCCCCACUACUAAAGACCCCUUCCUAGAAGAAGACCUGACGUUUGGUUCCUAUCAACCUACACUGGUCACUACACCGGAGGGACGCCACUCACGCAGACAGUCGGUCAGAUUCUCCACUGAGGACAACAGUGCCUCUUCUCCUGAGAAGAAACCCAAACCCAUCACCCCCACCACGCUCACCCCUACCUUUCCCCGGCCUGCUGCAGACUGGCUGGGGCUCUCGCAGGAUGAUGAGGAAGAGCCCCCGCCUGUACCAGAACCCUUGAAUACCCCCUCCUCUUCGUCAGUGGGAAGCAAACCCUCCUCUUCUGGCAACCACAUUCCACAGCCAUCGACAGAGACUCCAAACACCUCCUUCAAAUACUCCAAACCAGUAGGACCCAGUGUAGAGGUCUCUGCAAGCCAAAAGCACGAAGAUGAUUGGCUAUCAGGGGCAUUGAGCAGGAAGAAGACUCAAUCAUCCACACGGUCAGAGGAAAAGAGGACAACCCAGGAAGACUUUCUGGGGUUUGGAGACGAGGUGGAUCUGGAGUCGUUUCUCAGCAAACGUGGUUCUUCACCAGCUUCCAGGAGGAAAGAUGCAUCCACCCCCAACAAGGAACCAGGAGAUUCUCCUCUGCCCAGGGAGCCCUCCCACAGACAGCCCAGCCCUACUGCUCAUUCUACCCCAGUGAGAGAGGACCAGUUCAGGCCUGCUGUGUCUGCUAGAGUAGGCUUCUAUCCUGACCAGACCCCAGACCCCUCUCCCCUGCCAACCUCUGCUACCAUUAGCUUCCCCCUGCCCCAGCAGUACCAUCCACCAGCCCUGCAGGAUCAGAGGGAGCCAGGAUGGCCAAGUCAAGCAGAGCUGCCCCCUAACUACCCUGCCCAGCCAUGGCAGUCUAUGUCUGGCCCCAUGCCCCAUGCUAUGAUGCCUGGCUCAAUGCGGUUGCCACAGCAAAGCCAGAUGCAGAACACUGCACCUGUUGUCCAACCACCGGUGUCUCUUUCAGCCAACAGUUUGCAACAACUCUUGCUACAACAGCAGUUGGAGUCCCAGCUGCUGGGGUUAGGGGGAGCUGUGGAUGUAGCUGGGCUGCAGAGACAGAAGAGAGACACUGAGAAGCAGAAUGGACAUCUAGCUUUACAGGCCCGCAUCAUCAAACUGGAGGGACAGGUGAGAUCUCUACAGCAGGAGCUAGACCAGAACCAGAUCUUGCUGGAGAGUGUUCAGCAGAGACACAAGCAGGACACUGAGCUCAUGGAGAACACACACAGGGCUCGUGUGAAGCUGCUUGACGAUUCCGCGGCACAGCGAGAAGCACGGGCACGACAGGAAUGCGAGGACCUAGCAGAGCGCUUAGCCACCGUCACACGUAUAGCUGAACAGGAGCGUAUGGAGCUGCAGGCAAAGCACCAGCGCAGACUGGCCCAAACCCAGCACGACAGAGACCGAGAGGUGGAGCGACUCAGAGACCUACAGAGGAAGUCUAUUUUGGAGAUGAAGAAAGACCACGAGGAUCAGGUCCAGAGACUGAAGAGAUUGAAGGAUGAGGAGAUUGAUGCUGUGACCAGUGCCACAUCACAAACCAGGUCCCUGACAGUGGUGAUUGAGCAGAUGGAGCAUUUCUCCCACAGGCUGGGGGACCUUUCGUCUCGGGUGGAGAGCACCCAUGAGAACACAGCCCAGGGGCUGGAGCAGGGGGCACGGCAGAGAGACGAACAGCUCCGAGUGAUGCAGGACCGUCUGGGCCAGCAGCAGAGGGCCAUGGCAGAGGAGAGAACAAGGCUCAAAGAAGUCAUCGCCAAGAUGGACACCCAGCUGGCUGAGCAGCAGAGGCAACUAGAGAAGGAGCGCUGGAGAGUGAAUGCAGAGCAGGCUAAGGCCGACUCAUCUCAGAGAGGCCUGGACGAGGAGAGACGCUCUCUAACUCAGCACAUCAGUAUGGAGAGAGAGGAGCUGGAGAGGGCAAAAAGUGCCCUGUUGGAGGAGCAGCAGCAGGUAAUGCAGCGCUGUGCAGAGGAGAGAAGGAAGCUGGCGGCUGAGUGGACCCAGUUCCACACCCAGGAGAAGCAGAGGCAGGACCGAGCAGAGCGGGAGGCCAGCCGGGCGCUGGAGAGGGAUGCCCACAGAGAGGGCUCCAUCAUCAGCAUGGCGCAGGAACAGGUGGACCUGAAGCUGCGUGCUGGGGAGCUAAAGCAGCAUGAGGCAGCUGUAGCACGGGAGAGGGAGGCUCUGGAGAGACAGAGGGAGGAACUGGACAGGGAAAAGGAGAGGCUGAGUGGUACAGGCCUGCAGCUGAAGACACGUGCCCAGGAGGUAGAGGCCUUCAGCAAGCUGGCAUCAGAAAAAUAUAAUGAGGGGGAGAAGGCCCUACAGGAGUCGAGACAGGUGGAGACUGAGCACCAGACCAGGCUGAGAAGCAUCCACUCCCAGAUGGAGAGACUGAGACAGCAGGAACAGCACCUCCAUCAGGAGAGAAUGAAGACAACUGAGCAGCGUAGAGAAAUGGAGGCACUCAAGCACAGCCUUCCAAUCACUCCUUUCCCUCAAUCUAUGGCCCCUAUAUUCACAGACUUCAGACCAGUGUUGGCAGUACCUCAGAUGGCCUCCACCAAGGCUGUUCGCCAGCCCCCACCCCUGGUCUCUAGUCCGGAUUCAACAGAGCUCCAGGCCAGAUUGGCCCUGCUCAGGCACACAGCAGAGAAGGAUCGUGACUUUCUGCAGGACGAGCAGUUCUUCCUGGACACACUCAAGAAAGCACCUUACAAUUCAGCCUUUCACACUGAUUAACUGUGGGGCUUAAAGCCCUGUGACUUUCUGGUAUUAAGUACACCAUUAAAACGUGACAUUCUAA